AUAUGAAGUUCAACAAGUUCCGUGAGAGACUGUACAAAAGAGUGACAGAGUCACGAUGGACUAUGCUGUAUAUCAUUAUUGCAGCACUACAAAUGAUAAUUGCCAUCGGUUUAGAAGCAGCAAUAUUUAGUCUUAACUCGAAAAUAACGAAUCAAAUAGAAAUUGCAAAGAAUAUCACGGACAACCAUCCAGAACUGCAAGUAGCAUUAGCAAAUCCAGACUACGACUAUGAGAAAUACCUUCAGCAAUUUCAAUCAAUAACACACAGUAACAUAUGGUUUAUGGUCUUUCAAGCCUUUGUAUUUUUAUUAUCACUUAUUGGGUUAUCCUCUCAAAACACAAUCGAGAUCAUCGUAAUAGGCAUUAUCAAUAUACUUCUUCUGCUCUUUGCCCUAAUUCAAGUAUUCCAAAGUACGAAAUGGAUAAACCGUAUAAACGAACAACUCGAUAAAGACCGGACAGUGUCUCCCGCACUUGCUAAUCUCCCUGACAAUCUCCCCAAGACGGUUAUUAAAGUCGAAGUUGUUUUGGUUCUCGUCUUACUUGUCUUUGCCAUUGCUUCUGUCUACCUUGGGUAUCGGUUGUAUCGACAAUUUGGAUGGAACAUUUAUAAAAAAAUUGGAGCCAAUAUUCAGAUGCAGAUAUUCAUAAUGCUGCUGAAGUUAAUGUUCUUGCUGCUUAUGAGCUUCCAAAUCCUUAAUUUGGUCUUCUUAUUCCAAAAUAAAAAUAUCAAAGACAGUGAUACUAGCAAUGCUUCAACUAUCAUAUUCCAAAUAGUGAUGGUUUCCGUUAUUGUGCCUAUGGUGGUCAUAGCAUGGUGGGGGGUACGGCGGGAGAACAUAUUGGCAAUGUUCGUCUUUGCAUUAAUAGCUCUCACGACCAUUGUUUAUUUCAUUUAUGUUCUUGCUAGAUUUAUCAUUAGUAGAGACGAGAAUAUACUAACCUUAUUGGAUAUAUUAGGAAUAGCAUUAUGUAUAGCAUCUAUGUCGGUUGCAUACAUGGCAGUUCGUAACUUUGACGGAGGAUUAAAAGAUCUCUUCGACAAAAGUAAUGUUACGCAAAAUCAAGGCCUAGACCUUGGUGGGCUCGAAUCAGGACAGCCCAACCGCAAACCAAACAACGUUAUAAUUGAUUAA